AUGUUUGGGCAAUCUCAGCCUUUUGGAGGUGCGUCUAAUUCUUUUGGGGGGACAAACCAACAGCAGGGCUCCUCAAUGUUUGGGAUGAAUCAGAAUAAUUCCACUGCGAACAAUGCAAACUCUGGGUUUGGCGGCUUUCAAUCGACCACAACCAACAACAACAACAACAAUGCGGGGAACUCCAUGUUUGGUAGGUCGCAGUCUGCUGGUGGUGGCUUGUUUGGAGCAAACUCCAAUAACCCAGCGACGCAGAACAGUACGCCCUUUGGCUCUAUGAAUAACAAUUCUGCGAACAACUCCAACACCUUUGGGAUGAACAAUCAGGGGAAUUCAAUGUUUGGCAGCGGUAACCAAAAUAAUCUACCGAACGCCUUUGCGUCCUCCAACCAAGGGAAUGCUUUCGGCAGUAUGAACAAAUCUGCACCAACUGGUUCCUCCAUGUUCGGGAACACGAACACCAACAACGCUGGUUCUGGGGGGUUAUUCGGUCAAUCAAAUAAUAAUGCCUUUGGUAACACAACCUCAUCCUUUGGUUCAGGCCAACAGAACAACGCAUUUGGUGCCAAUACCACCAAUAAUUCAGGUGGGGGGCUCUUUGGUAAUAAACCGAUGAACACUUUUGGUAACAACACCCAAUCCACGGGAAAUUCGGGUGAUCUUUUCGGGAACGCCAACAAGCCGGCAACUGGUGGCGGAUUAUUUGGGCAACCUGCUCAGAAUAACGCCUUUGGAUCUGCCAACACAGCAUCUACCGGGGGAGGGAUGUUUGGACAGCCAAACACUCAAAUCGGUGGUGGGGGGAUGUUUGGACAGAACAACCAAGGCACUCAGCAGAACUCCAUGUUUGGUAACAACCAAAACAACACUAACACUGGUGGGAUGUUUGGUCAACAGAGUACCCCCUUUGGCGCCCAAAAUAACUCCACAAACACUGGUGGACUAUUUGGUAAUAAACCUGCAGGGGGUGGAAUGUUUGGCCAGAAUACCACUAACCAGAAUCAAACCGGUGCUGGUCUUUUCGGGCAGAAUGCGAACACUCAACAACAGACUGGUGGUCUAUUUGGGCAAAAACCUGGGAUGCAGCAGUCUGGAGGUGGGUUAUUUGGCCAAAAUACUAACACUGCACAACAACCUGGUAACAGUAUCUUUGGUCAGAAUAACCAGCAGCAACAAAAUGGGGGUAUGUUUGGACAACAAAAUAAUAACAAUUCCCUCUUUGGUAACAAACCUGCUGCUCCCGGUGGCUUACUAGGACAGAGUAACAAUACUUUGAACCAACCUGGGAAUGCUGGUGGCCUUUUCGGUCAGAAUAAUCAACAGCAGCAACAGCAACAGCAACCUGGCAAUAGUUUAUUUGGUGCCAAUAAACCUGCCACUGGUGGCCUUUUCGGGCAAAACACAGCACAACCACAGACGUCGGGCGGGUUAUUUGGCGCUAACAAGCCUGCGACAGGCGGGCUGUUUGGGCAAAGUAACAUGAACCAAUCACAACCUAGUGGUGGACUAUUUGGACAGCAGCAAUCUGCUGGUAAUCAACAACCUUCUGGUGGGUUAUUUGGACAGCAGAAUAGUCUCCAACAACCACAGAUUGGUGGCACGGGUUUGUUUGGGAAUAAACCUGCCACCACGGGCACUUCUGGGGGGUUGUUUGGGAAUAACAGCAGCACUCUGAAUAAUACCGGUGCGGGACAGGCAACAACCGGUGGCCUAUUCGGAGCGAAACCUGCUACUAGUUCUACCACUGGAAGUGGCCCUGGUCUGUUUGGGAACAACAGUGCGAAUUCUGGGUUGGCUGCUGCCCCGACGUUGAACUCUACUGGUGGUACAGGGUUAUUUGGGAGCAAACCUGCUGGUCAAAUUGGACAACUUUCGAAUUUUGCCACUAACAGCUCUACUGCGGCACCUGGUGGUGGUCUUUUCGGGAACCAAAACAGCACUUUAGGCGGUUCUACUGGCACUGGUUCCAACAUGUUUUCACAACAGAUGCAGGGACCAUCACUUGGACAGACGUUGCCCCCACCCAGCAACGCCCCCACACAAGAGAACAAGCCAUUAUUUGUGAAAGUUGACAUGCCUGAUUCUAUCACUGAGCCGAACAAACCGACAACUACGUUACUGAGUGCUGAUCUGAAGAGGAGAACUAGUUUGCGCACUCUGAGCAGACAGGCACCUAGGGCACUGUUCACCUCUAGGAAGUUGCUGAGUGGUUGUGUUGGGAACCGAAUGGACAUAACGACUGCUCCAUCAACACCGUUAUCUCGCCCCGGUUCCUCCCUAGAGCAUCUUGACUCAGCUACUCGGAACUUUAGUACGGAUAAGAGUGGUGAGUCCUCCGGGCUACUGUUCAAGCCUGACAAGCAGUCUUUCAAGAAUCUGAUUAUAAAGAAGAAGGGCGACGAAGGUCACGCGGGGCCAGCAGACGGGUCCACUGGAGUGAAGAAGAUUACGUUUGUGACGAAAGAGGAGGACUCGGAGUCUGAUGUGGACUGGGCAGAGACGAAAGACGAGACGACCACAGUUCCACCAUCUAUCGAAGCCGUCCCGAUGACGCCGAAUGCAUCUGACGAUUCCUUACCGCACGUCAAGUUUCCCAGUCGUGUGAACGACGACAUUACGUUCAUUGGUGACGGUCACUACAUAUCCCCAUCUUUGGAGACAUUGAAAUCUACUGAUCUUGUCCAAUUGCGACACGUAAGGGAUUUAGUCAUUGGCCACAGCGAGUACGGUAAAUUAGAGUUUUUAGAGCCCGUGGACCUUUCUAAUGUGCCUCUAGACUUACUAUGUGGCUCCAUAGUCAACUUUCAAGAGCGUAAAUGUGGCGUCUACGAGAGUUCGUCGUACAAACCUCCACCGGGGAGCGGGAUCAACGUAAGAUGCCGGAUCACACUGUUCGGUUGCUACCCUGUCCUAAAGGACACCCGGGAGCCCGUAAAGGAUGCGGACCACCCUGUUGUGAAAAGGCACAUUGCCAAGUUAGAGAGACGGAAAGUGGAGCAUUUCGAAAGUUACGACCCGCGCACGGGCACGUACAUUUUCACCGCUGACGAGGUUCUUAUGUAA